AUGGCACGUAAGAUUCUCUGCGUGGCAGAAAAGCCUGCCAUUGCUCGUGCCGUCGCCACGCAUCUGUCCGGCGGUUCCUUCCAGACACAUGCGAUCCGUGGCAAUCAAUAUGUCAAGAAUUAUGAGUUCGACUUCAACUUCGGAGGUCCUUGGGGAGACUGCUCCGUGACCAUGACCAGCGUGAUUGGUCAUCUCACAGGCCUAGAUUUCGAACGUCAGUACAAGGGCUGGAUGUCUUGUCCUCCUGGGUCUCUAUUCGAGGCACCAGUGCAGGAGUCUGUUGAUAAGGACAAGCUGGCAAUUGCAGAGAACAUCCGCAACCAAGCCAGAUACAGCAAGGCACUGUUUAUCUGGACCGAUUGUGAUAGAGAAGGGGAGCAUAUCGGCUCUGAGGUCCGGAACCAAGCAAAGGCUGGAAACGCUCAGAUUGAAGUCAAGCGAGCCAAAUUCAGCAACACGGAGAGAGCACAUGUCCUGCGUGCCGCUAGGGAACCUGUUGAGUUGGAUGAAUUUCAAGCUAAUGCGGUGGCUGCUCGAAUUGAGCUUGACUUGCGGAUUGGCGCCGCGUUUACUCGUCUGCAGACUCUUCAGCUUCAAGCCGUCGUUGCAGCCUUGAAGGAGAAAGUCAUCAGUUAUGGUAAAUACCGCUCUGGUUCUUCCAAGAUUAUGACUCACGCUUCUACAGGAUCAUGUCAAUUCCCUACACUGGGCUUCGUUGUCGAUCGGUAUCUCCGCGUGAAGAACUUCAAACCAGAAACAUUCUGGAGCAUCAAGGUCAUGCAUCAACGAGAACGGAAAAAAGUCAACUUUCUUUGGAAACGUGUUCACUUGUUCGAUAGAGCGGCCGUCGCAAUGAUGCUGGAACGAUGCCUCAUGGCUAAGCAAGCCAAGGUCACAAAAGUGAACUCGAAGCCCAAGAGUAAAUGGCGGCCCUUACCAUUGACAACUGUCGACCUCCAGAUGAUGGGCAGUCGUUUCCUUCGUAUGGACAGUCAGACAAUUAUGAAAGUGGCAGAGGCGCUCUACACUAAGGGAUACAUCAGCUAUCCCCGAACAGAGACAGAUCAGUUCGACAAAGCAAUUGAUCUCAAGAAGCUGGUCGAGAAGCAAUACCCCGAUGACUCAUGGGGCCAAUACGCACGAGACCUUAUCGACGGAAAAUUCAGGACUCCCCGGUCUGGCCGUCAUAACGACAAAGCCCACCCGCCCAUUCAUCCCGUGUGCUGGGUUUCACAAAACCAAUUAAAUGUAAACGAAAAGAAAGUGUACGAGUUUGUGGUCCGGCGAUUCCUCGCUUGCUGCUCAGAAGAUGCAAAAGGUCAAGGCACCGAGAUCGAAAUUCAAUAUGGUGAAGAAUUCUUUCAUGCCAAUGGUCUAAUCGUGCUGGAGAGAAACUAUCUCGACGUUUACGUCUACGAUAAAUGGGAGAGCAGUCAACAGCUCCCUAACUUCGAGAAAGGAGAAGUCUUUGAACCUACAGAGGCAAAUAUUGCGGAAGGCAAAACCACAGCUCCGAGCUUCCUAACAGAACCCGAGCUCAUCGGUCUGAUGGAUGCCAAUGGCAUUGGCACCGACGCGACCAUGGCAGAACAUAUUGCCAAGAUCAAGGAACGCGAAUACGUCGUCGUGCACCAGCGAGGUACUGGUCGCACUAAGGUUGAAGAACUCAUUCCAACCCGACUGGGUACUGCGCUCGUCGAAGGGUAUGAUAACAUUGUUGCGGGCCUUUCAAAUAGUAUCUCGCUCAGUAAGCCUUUCCUUCGCAAGGAGAUGGAGCUGCGCAUGUUGGAGAUCUGCGCCGGCACGAAGACCCGGCAAGAGGUAGUGCAGCAAAGUCUAGAUAUGUACCGAGAGGUCUUCAUACAUACCCAAAGGCGUAUUGAGAUGUUGAAAGCCGCGUGCCGAAAAUAUCUAGUUGAAUGA